AUGCGAAUCCCCCGUGAAUUUUCGCUGGCCAUCUUGUGUGUCUACAUUCACGAUAUUUAUGCUGCCACUUUAUCUCAAAGUAGCGGCAAGUUUGCCCGCGAUAAGAGAUAUUUGGUGUACCCGCCGCCUGGGGACUAUGCGCUGUCAAGAGUUCAGUUAAUCCUUGGCCUCGGUUUACCCAUGGAAGUUGACGUCAGCAUGAUUAUCGGCUAUGUGAUGAAAUUUAAUUACGUCCUACCCUAUAAUGCCUCGUACUUGACGGAUCCAUACGUCCGCUAUGACAGAUCGAUCAGUCGCCAUGUCGAAUCUGAUGGCAAUGACGCUUCUCCAUCAAACGCGAAAGCAUUGAUAUCUAGAUGGGAAUGCUAUGAAAUCCUCGAGUCGGUCUUCGAAUCUACGCGCUCGGGUAAAGCCUGUCUUUUAAAAAUCAUUUGCGAGGCUGCGGCGGUACCUUUCGGACAAAGUCACACUCUGACUGCGCAACUCGCUCACAUUUUCCUCACACCUUCCACUACAUCUGAAUCAUACGGAAGUGUCUUUGACCAAGAAUAUCACGCCGCUGAGAUGGCGGGACAACGAGAUCCCAGCAACUGCGACAACUUAUAUCCCGAAUGCACGGAAAGCCUCUUGGAUUAUUUUACCGAAAUCUAUUAAAAUAACUGUGUCAUUUCACAAAGAGUGCUUUUAUUUUAGCGUUACAUUAUAGCGCUACGUCAUCAAGCUAUUUAUGUGGUAUCUCUAAAAGUCAAUCUCUAUCGUUAUAGCAGAAUUGAUCGGCGUUUUUUUGGUCGUGCAAUUGUACGGAAAGACAUUAUUUGUCACAAUUUUUCUAUUUUUAAUACAAAAUAAUUGACAUGCAUUAAUUAAUAAUUUCAAGAAAGAGAGAGAGAGAGAGAGAGAGAGAGAGAGAGAGAGAGAGAGAGAGUUUUAUCUAUCAUUUUUGAAAAAAGCAAACGUUCUUAUCAAUUUUCAUUUGCAAAACUUCAUUUGCUGAAAUUAUUGAAUACGCGCAACUCGUUAAAUUAAAUUUGAGUUAUAUGUAUGUAACACGAUGCGAAUUUUCGAUAUAAAUCCUCGAAUGAAAAGCGAGAAUACAGCGAAAAAAUUUGCUAGAGAUUGGAGACGCAAACGAAGUAUCCUUUUUAAUAACAGUUGCGCUGCACCGCGUGAUGAUUAGUAGCCGGUUUCUCCGGCUUCUAUAAAUUUCGAGCCGGUCAUUUUCUCCUCGCGUGCACCUGUUGUCGAACGGGAAUAUUGGCAAUAAUAAAACCCGAUAACUGCGUCACGUUCCAAUCGCGUUUGGACGCGACUUUUAUAUAUUUUUCGCUUCCUCUCACGGUUUCCUUUUUAUCGUUCUUUUUUACUCACUCUCGUCCUGCCGCCAUUGUCCUGUUCCUUAAUAUUUGUAAUAUUAGAUCGGACGUGAUCGUGCGAUCGUAACUUAUCUCUAUACGAAAAAGCUAACACACGUUCCAACAUAUAUUAUGUGCAUUAGUUGUCCUGCAAACACUGCUUGUGACGAUAAAUCUUAUGACGAUCAGAAGAGACUGAUUUUGAACCACUAAAGUUGGGACAAAAUCGAUACGUAUCGUUGAUAAAUUUAAUAUUAAUUAAAUUUAUAUCGCAUUAAUUUAAUAUUAAUGUGUAUUGUUA